UUGAAAUCUUCCAAGGAAAGGUAGCUAAGAAAAAGAGGAAAAACCAACCUCCAAAAUCUCAGUAUAUACUUUCACCUCUCUUACUUUGUAGGCCUCAAAUCAUCUCACAUUAAGAGUGUCAAUGGUUCCAGUUAGCAGUCGAAGUUCUAAGAAAGAUGUAAACAGAGGCUCCUGGACGGCAGAGGAGGACCAAAAACUUGCUCAAGUUAUAGAAAUCCACGGUCCGAGGCGUUGGAAGUCCAUUGCAACUAAAGCAGGUCUUAAGCGAUGUGGGAAGAGUUGCAGGUUAAGAUGGAUGAACUAUCUUAGACCUAAUAUUAAGAGAGGCAAUAUUUCAGACCAAGAAGAAGACUUAAUUCUCAGGCUUCAUAAGCUUCUGGGAAACAGGUGGUCGUUGAUUGCCGGAAGACUACCUGGUCGAACAGAUAACGAGAUCAAGAAUUACUGGAACUCUCAUUUGAGCAAAAAGAUGAAGCAAAACAGAGCAGUUUCAAAGACAGUGCAAGGGUCCACAGAGCAAAAGAAUAUCAAAGCAAACGACGUGAAUGCUUUAACAAUUGAAAGAGAAGACGCCUUUAAACUUGAGGAGAACUUCAACUUCGGUUUCAAUGGCGGCCAAUUCUUCAACUGCUCGAGCAGCGAACAAGGGCCUCUGAAUUUGGAGUGGAUGAAUAAAUUCCUUGAAAUGGAUGAGAGUUGGUUUACUUUGCAUGACAUUUGAGCUAUGUUUUUAUUUUCAUUUAUUAUUUUAUUUUCUGUGUUCAUGAUAGUUGUUAGGGAUGCAUUUGUGAGGCCCUUUUUGCUAAUUUUAGGAAAAUCCCACUUCAUGUUUGAUCCUUUUGUAUGUAGUUUCAAUUGAGGUUUAUUUUCCUUUAAUUAACAAAUCAUGUUUCGGUGUUACAAUCCUUUAUAUAUUAUGCAGAUAUUUUAGCA